AGUUCUGCUUUGCUAAGAGAAAAACUCACAAAAAAAGUCCCCCUCCAUCAGCACUUUUCUUUGUGGGAGCAGGGGUGCAGCUUUCAGUGGCCUGUUGGGCCCAUCCUAAUCCUCAGUCCCAGCCCAGUGACCAGAUCUAUGGCCUGUGUUUGUCAUCCAGCACAGUGCCGAGCCACAUCGUUGUCUCUCUGCUCCAUGUCGAUUUGAGUUUUGUGGGGUCUGAUCAGCCCCUAUGAGGUGUACGCUUCCCUUUCUGAUCCAGCUGUUCCCAUGUCACUUAUGACUGAACUUGAGAGGCGUACUUGACGGAUAGUCGCUGUGUGGCUGUUUAAGUGAGAGAGAGUCUGUUUUUGUGGAUUCUGUCAGUGUUCACUUGAGACUUACUGACUAGUGAAGUGCUGAAGAAAAUGGCCUCCUUUAAGCUGGAUUUCCUGCCAGAGAUGAUGGUGGACCAUUGCAGUUUGAGUUCCAGCUCCGUAACCAAGAAGAUGAAUGGGUCUCUGGACCACCCAGACCAGCCCGACAUUGAUGCUAUAAAGAUGUUUGUGGGUCAGAUCCCCCGGACGUGGUCAGAGGAUCAGCUGCGUGAGCUGUUUGAACCCUAUGGUGCAGUUUAUGAAAUCAAUGUUCUUCGGGACAGGAGUCAGAACCCCCCACAGAGUAAAGGUUGUUGUUUUGUCACAUAUUACAGCCGUAAAUCUGCAUUAGAAGCACAAAAUGCCCUUCACAACAUGAAGAUUCUUCCAGGGAUGCAUCAUCCCAUACAGAUGAAGCCUGCAGACAGUGAGAAAAACAAUGCGAUAGAAGACAGAAAACUGUUUAUUGGAAUGAUUUCAAAGAAGUGCAAUGAGAAUGACAUAAGGCUCAUGUUUUCUCCAUACGGCCAAAUUGAGGAGUGCCGCAUACUGCGAGGCCCUGACGGACUGAGUCGUGGCUGUGCCUUCAUUACAUUCACAGCGAGACAGAUGGCCCAGUCUGCCAUCAAAUCCAUGCACCAGUCACAGACCAUGGAGGGCUGUUCUUCUCCCAUUGUGGUAAAGUUUGCAGACACGCAGAAGGAUAAAGAACAGAAACGUAUGACCCAACAGCUGCAGCAACAGAUGCAACAGCUCAAUGCUGCCUCCAUGUGGGGAAAUCUUACUGGACUCAACUCACUAGGGCCACAGUAUCUUGCACUUUAUUUGCAGCUUCUACAACAGUCUGCGUCCUCUGGAAAUGCACUCAACAAUCUCCAUCCAAUGUCAGGUCUGAAUGCCAUGCAGAAUCUGGCUGCAUUGGCGGCAGCAGCAAGUGCUACGCAGGCCCCCCCCACAGGUAGCAGUGCUCUGACCACCUCCAGCUCCCCUCUCAGCGUCCUCACCAGCUCAGGUACGCCCUCCGGACAGCCCGCUCAAUCUGCCUGGGACGCCUACAAGGCGGGUUCCUCUCCCACCUCCAGUACUAGUUCUUCAGUGAACCCCAUGGCGUCUUUAGGUGCUCUUCAGUCUCUUGCUGCGAGCGCUGGAGCAGGUCUCAACAUGAGCUCCCUAGCAAGCAUGGCUGCUCUGAAUGGUGGUCUGGGCAGCGGAGGUCUCUCGAACGGCUCGGGCAGUGCUAUGGAGGCUCUGACUCAAGCAGCCUAUUCUGGGAUCCAGCAAUAUGCCGCUGCCGCCCUGCCCAGCCUCUACAGUCAGAGUUUACUGUCCCAGCAGAACGUUAGUGCCGCUGGCAGCCAGAAGGAAGGCCCCGAAGGAGCAAACUUGUUCAUCUACCAUCUGCCACAAGAGUUUGGUGAUCAGGAUUUGCUGCAGAUGUUUAUGCCUUUUGGCAAUGUUAUCUCUGCCAAGGUCUUUAUUGACAAACAGACCAACCUUAGCAAGUGUUUUGGCUUUGUUAGUUACGACAAUCCAGUUUCGUCCCAGGCGGCCAUUCAGUCAAUGAACGGUUUUCAGAUUGGGAUGAAGCGGCUGAAGGUGCAACUUAAACGAUCCAAAAAUGACAGCAAGCCAUACUGAGUGAUUUUACUCUCAAAUGGACUUGGUUUGAAAAUGUUUUUCUGGUAAGUGGAGUGUGAAGUUGGAAAGUUAAGAAUGCCCCCACCCACCCUUAACAGCCGCCUUUCCUAAUCCUUCUUUUACUUCUCUGGCCUUUCCUACAUAUCUUCUCUCUUAACCUUCAAAACAAAGACAACAUGCAAAUUAAGAAUUUGUUCCAAGGAGUAAAGAGUUCAUUUUUGUUUUCCACAUUUCUAUAUCUAAUUGUUUUGUUGAUCUUUUAUUUUCCCUUGAGUCUUUAUUUUUAUUUUGGUGCCAUAUUACAAGUUUGCUGUGUAAAAAAUCUUGCGUCAAAUGAUGUUGCACAAUGAAAGCCAGCCUGUGUGACUGCUUUCAGUCCCUUAGACUGUUGAUCACCACGGUCUGGCCCCUGUAGAUGUCCUCCUGUGUUUACACUAGACUCUUGUAGUACAUUCAGACAGUGUAAUGCUGAUGCCUCCUACAAUGCUGCCUUUCUAGAAAACGAAGGAGGCUUGCUGCAUCGGUGCAUAAGAUAAUCAAUCAAUCACCUGAAUAUUGUUUUGAGCCUCUGAAAGGUCAGGCUGCACUCCGUUUUCAUGGAUGCCUUUUUAUUUCAUUCAUGUAUUUAUUUCACUAAUUUAUUUAUUUAUUUUUAAUGUAUCUGUCUUUACAAUAAGGGUGAUGUAACAUUGCUUCAAAGUCUGUUUUAUGUGCUCAGCUAAAAACAGUGUUUUCUGAUUUUAUUUUUACAUUUCUAAAAAGACAAACACUAAGCAAGGGUAUUAUAUCCCAUGUUGGUUCAUAGAUGAUGGUUAAUCAUUAAGUAUUGCUAGUUUGCAGGAGAUGCUACACUUUACUCUCAGGACAUUCUCCCCAUUCUGUCAGACCAACACUUCUCGCCCAUUUUCUGCUCGCCUGGUAUGUGAACAUUUCUAAACAAUAUGUAUGAAAUAAGUGACCGAGUGCUUCAUUUCAAUUCACGAAUCCUUUCUUAAAGCCUCAAACAAAACCUAACCCUUUUUUUGCUGAAGAACCACAUGGUGGUAGCACACAUGGUUUUAAAAUGGCAUUUGUAUCGAUUCUUUUUCCAAGACACAAUCUACAACACUUUUUAUUUUGAUGGUCAUUUGAUACAUUAUAAUACGCCUCAAUUGAGGAGCUUGGCGUUGAAGCUUUUAGCAAUAUUUGCAUUCUGGAGAAGAGUGAGAGACGAUACUGCCAAGAAAAGAAAGGAAGGAAGUUUACAAUCGCUGCCGCUUAGUUGUCCGAAUCAUUUGAACUGAAAUUUCCUAGUGUUCAGUAAGUAUUUUAUCUCUGUGUUUGCAGGUGGUCUCUUGUACCCUGGUGUAUGGAGACUCGUCCUGCAAACCUGUUCUAGUUUGUAUUUCUAGCUUCGGUUGAUCAUGGCAGUAAAUAAGUGUUCAAAUCCUAAUCAAAUGUUAAUGCCAAUCCAGCAGGGUCAUGAGGUAAGAUCGUUUUUAUGGCAACCGAGAAGAAAACGUUAUCCAGAUAGUGUAAAUUACUUAACUAUUAUGCCUUUUCUAUUUUUAUAGAGGUUUUAUAAUAUUGCCUAAAUAAUUUAUCUGAAUUAAAGCAAAAAAAAAAAUCAACUCAACAGAUUCAGCAGUGUUUUUGUAGAAUCCUAAUGUGAAGUUUUGUGGAUAUAUUCACUGAUGGUUUAAACAACGGAUGUGUGGCCCUUUUCACUAGUUGUAGUGGCGUUUAAAUCCAAAAUAAUUUUUUUUAAUUUGAAGCAAAUCCAGCGUUCAGUCUAUAGUUUAUACUUCGUGUAAUAUCUCUAAACUAAGUACAUCAUUUCCAUGUGUAGAGACGAAUGCUGAAAUGUUGUUAUCAGAAGUCCAUGUUUAAUUCUCUCACAACAAAACUUGAGCUCGGAGUGGAAAUUAGUGAAAAUUGUAUAUUUGAGACUAUUUUCUUUUAUUGUUUUGACAUUUACCUCACUAUUGUCGUCGUUGUUCGACACACUUGUAUUUAUUAAGUGCUUUUUAUUUUCGCAGAUUUAUUGCAAAGAAGCCAAUUCUUGUUAACCUCAUGAUCCAUUUUCAACGAGUGCGGAAACACCUCUCAGUAUCAGUUUGUUUCAUACGUUAGAGAAACUUUAGACUGAACCCAGGUGGGGAAGCCCCUCUUGAAGCACUUAGAUGCUAGUGCAGAAAAUGUCCACUUCCUGAUCUGUGCCUCUGUUCAAAUAAACACAUUAUUUACAUGCAUUACAAAACCAUUAAGUAGAAAAAUGGGAGUGCUACACAAAUCACCAUUUUGAACAAUCCAAAGAUUCUUGUGAACUUGUUCUAGGCAGGGAUUUUUGUUUCUUAGGCAGAUUUUUUUUUCUUCUUAGUUUUGUUCCUUUUUUUAUCCGGAGCAGAUUGCCUAGCAUUUGUGCAAAGUUCUGUGGAUUUGUGCGCCUUAAAACAGCUCACAAGUGCAGGGUCGUUUCACGAAUGUGCCAAACACAUUGAGUCUUAAAUUUCUGUAUGCGUUUAAUGAUGAUUCUCUGUCCCAUCAUGUUGUUGUCCUACACAGUUCAAUGUAGCUAAAUUGUAUCCAUUUGUGUUUCCCAUGACGGGUGUUUUGUGAAUGAGAACCAAUAUGAGCAGCUCCAAAUAUGCAUUAUUCCACAGUCCCUCACAAUUCAAAAUUGAAGCACAAAAUAAAAGGACUUGCGCUGAAAGAGCUGAAACAUUGAAGCACAAUUUUUCUUUUUGUUUCUCUCUCUUUCCCUUGGUCUAAAAUCAAAAUGCGGUUGUGAGAAAUAUUUGAAAUGUUGUCGUGGCUGUAGUAGGCAGGUUGUGUUGUCUCUGUGUUGUUGUUGAUGUUUAAUGUUAUUUCCCUUGUUCACUAUUGGCACGGUGCUUAUCUCUCCCUCUUUCUUCCCACUUUUCUUCAUCAUUUCCUGUGUUGCAUUCAAUGUUUUGUGUUUAGAUGUGUGCACCUUUGAAAGACCCCUCCUCAUGCAAACAUAAUUAUUCAUGAUUUUCUUUUUCAUCCCCUCUCCUUUUUCCGUUGUGCUUUAACCUAGGUUUAUUUGUUUUGUUUUGUUUUUGUUCUAGAUGUGCCCGUUUGUCAUCGUUUGCCUAGCAUGUCGAUGUGACGUCAAAAGUUCAUCGUCCAGUCCGUUAUCCUCUUCGCUUCUCUGGCGCUUGAAAUUUCACCCUGACCUUUGUUAACUUUUGACGCUUAUUGGUUACUUUUGUUUGUUUCUUCGUGUGACGUUCAUUUGCGCUGCCAAUAGGGAGCGUUAGAAAGACUGCUUAAAUUGUAAAAAGUUUCAUGAAAAUUGUUCUGAGCAAAGAGUCUAUUUUUCUAGAACAUAAAAACAUAACCACUAGAUUUUUGCAGAAGCUUUUUUUUUCUUUUUUUUUUUCAGAUUUCGUUGUUUAUCGAUUUGUUUUUUAAAUAAUUUUCCAGCAGUCUUCCUAGCGCUUCUAAUUGUACUCCUUUUUGAUUUUUGUUGUUCUUCUCAAAGCAGCCAUUCAGUUUUAUAGAAUCACUUUUGUGUGUUCGAGUGUGGGUGUGUUUCCCUCUUUCUCUCACUUGUUAGUUCUAAACCUUUUAGAGGAUGUUUUUGUCACAUUUUGAUGAAAUCGAGAAUAAACUUUGUACAUUUGUGUUCGGUUAGUUGGCAUGAUGUAAUUUUGGGAGUUUCUAUUAACAGAGUGACAUUACAAUAGACACUUGAAUUGCCUUUUUCUUCUUUGUGUGUCAAGCCAACACAGGCUCAUGUUUUUUUUUAUUUCCUUAUUGUGUGAAAAUCAGGAUUAGUCAAAGCAUAGAAUGAGCAGAGUGGUAUUUUCUUGUCACAGAUAAAUCUUAAGCAUGCAUGUUUUUUCUUUUUUUCUUUUUUUGUAAGUGCACUGGAAUCCUCAGCAAAAUGUGAUCUAGUUCUGUUUCAAAAAGUCAAGAUAAAUAAAGUGGUGCCAAAAGUUGUGCAUGUUGCUAUUGGUUACAUUUAUAGUAUGUAAUCUUUACUGCUGCAAUGACGUGGUCUCAUUUUGAUGGUUUAAGUGUGUGUUCAGGUUAUGGGUUAAAAUGAAUUUUAACAAUGUAUUGUUCUAAAAAUUGAAGUGGGUUUCAAAUGAGUCCUUUGAGAUAAAUUGUGCCUACAACAGCUAAAACACAUGCUCUUCUUGAUGUUGUUCAGUUAAUGAAAAUGUUACAACCUAAAGUUAGUCUGUUUUACAAAGCUUGCAAGCAUUUUUAUUUUUCCUUUCCCAUUCUGACAUCUGUAUAAGUUGUGAAGGUCUGGACUGAUUGGUAGAGCUCAACUGCAGCUUUGCCCUCUUAGCCUUUAGUUUAAAGGCAUAUCUCCACAAAUGAAGAGCUACAUUUGGAUUUUUUUUUUUUUAAGCUGUAUAAUUUGGGGGUUGAGGUGGUUGUUUUCUAGAUUUUAAGCUGCUGUUUUGUGAGUUUAAAUGUACUCUGAGAAACUUUCCUGUGGGAUGUUUGUCAUUACUGGUACAGAGAGUGAUUGUAUUUAACAUUUGAGAUUUGUACAGAAUUUGCCUUUUCUACUUCAGUCGUUUCAUAAUGUAGAUCCCAGUAAGUAGAAGCAUGUAGACCAUAACACCAUGACCAAACGUCAACCUGUACAAAGUAACCAAAAUGCAAACAAAAAUCAACUCCACAAAACAGCCUUUAACUGAAUUAAGAUGUUUUUUAGUUGUUUUGUCGUUUAAGUUGUGUGGUUGUCAUUGGAAGUGUAGAGAGUGCAGAAUUUAUUAAAUGUCUGAAAUAAAUGUGCUGUAUAAGGUUGGUUAAGGAUUUCAUGCUACUGUCUACAGAAAUAUAGCAAAAUGGACACCCAUGAAGCUGUCAUCUGGUAGUUUAUCUUUAGUUUAUGUAUGAUUAAACCGUUUUGAAAACA